ACUUCAUAAUUUACGAUUAUGUAUCAUAUUUCAAGAGCGUUGGGAAUGUUAACGUUUUAUUAAUUCGUUAUACAUAAUUAUUGGAUCGCAUUAAUCAUGUUCAUUGCUAGAAGCGGACCAAUGAUAUAUAUGAUGUCGUCAGGGUCAGGAAAACAUUAAAUGCGUGAUUGGAUGUAAUGACAUCCUUAUCUCGUAUUGUCUUUAGUGUACCGCAGAGGCAUUCUGGCAGGUUGUCUAACUGUUUGCAACUGACUAAAUGGAAGUUGUCGUUAUGGGUCAGCGCAACAGGCGCUGCAGGAUUCUUCAUGAACAGUCCUGUUCUAUCUCCUGAGGUUUUUUGUUGCAGUGGAGGCAUUUUCUUAUGCAGUUCCGCUGCUCAUGUUUUUAACCAAAUUAUCGAGCGUAAGACUGACGGUCUUAUGGUUAGAACGCGUAAUAGGCCACUUGCGUCUGGUAGGGUGACGCCAUCCCAAGCGGCUGGAUUUGGAACAUUCUGCGUACUCUCUGGUUCCACAUUGCUUUCUUUAACUUCUGGUGCUACAGCAGCACCGUUAGCAUUACUGAAUAUAGGAUUGUACACUUGUGGUUACACUAUUUUAAAAAAAUACACCGAAUGGAACACCCAUGUAGGAGCUAUUGUAGGUGCAAUACCUCCAUUGAUAGGCUAUGUAGCUUCCGGCGGUUCGAUAUAUGCGCCGCAGCCGUGGAUGCUUUUCGGAUUAAUGUACGCCUGGCAGAUUCCACACUUCUACACUCUGGCGUGGCUUUAUCGCAAAGAUUACAGCGUUGCUGCAUUGAAGAUGUAUGGUAUUGAUGAUGAAACUGGUAAGAGAACCGCUCUUACUUCUGUUAAAUGGAUGACCCUAUUGACAACAAUGCCAUUGGCAUACUCCUUGGGUGGAUUGAUAUCACCGCAAUACGCUGUAGUAACGUUACUACCAAACCUGUUUAUCAACCACAAGUGCUUUCAGUAUCUUGAUUACCCGACAAAGAAAAGCGCUUCAAGAUUUUUUAUUCACUCUCUCUGGCACAUCUUGGCGUUAGUCGGUUUAGCAUCUUAUUACGUUGCUGCUGAACGAUUUAAAUCUGAGGAGGAGGAAUCUAAUGAUUCCUAACCCCUUUUUGCGACAUGUAGACUCUACCUAAUGCAUCAUCCAUUAUAUAC